UUAUAAUAUUUUAUUAAUUUUCCUCAAUAUUUUUAAUUGUAAGUGUGAGUGCGACCCUGGCAGGAAAGUCGUUAUUAUUAGUAUAAAACGAGAUAAAGACUACCUCAGGUACUAUUUUACCUUAGUACAUUGUCUUGAAGCAUUUAAGAAAGAAGUAUAAUACUAUAUUUUCAAAAAUGAAGUUCCUGUGUCUCCUUAUUAUUGUAGCAUUGGGUAUUCAGUAUAUAUUUGCAGCUGCAGCCACAAAUAGACCUAAAAACAAAGCAUGUUCGGAUCCUAUCUACACUGGAAUGUGCUUUGCGGCAAUUAUUAGGUAUGCUUAUAAUGUAACUAGUAGAGACUGCGUCUCCUUCACUUACGGUGGAUGUCAAGCAAAUAGAAAUAAUUUUUUGACGAAGCAAGAAUGCAGAGCUACAUGUCUUUAACUAGAAACUUAGAUUCUUCCAAGUUAAAUUGAGAUGGAAUAGAAUGUUUCUUCAUUUUUAACUUCAUUCAUAUCAUAUUCAGAGUCAAAUCAUCGUUUGUUUUAUAAAGCACUAGCUUUUACUCGCGGCAUCGCUCGCGUCACAAA